AUGGGCCGUGGAUUUAGGCCUGCAUCUAAUAAACAAAGGAAGGAAACCAACCUUCGUUGGACCGCAGGGGGGUCAGUGAUCGAUCUCACAUGGGCGACCCCUGCGGCCUAUGGAAGGGUGCAGGCCUGGAGGGUGGCGGAGGAUUUGGAGUCCUUAUCGGACCAUCUAAUUAUUGAAAUGGAACUCUCCGUCACCCCCAACGGUCUACCACGGCCGAGACUCAACAGGGAUCCCCGAUCAGCCAGAUGGGCCCUAAGCCAGUUGAACAAGGAAACACUGGAAACAAUCCUUGAGGCGACCACCUGGCCACGGUGGAAGGAGGGGCAGGACCUCAACUCGGCGAUAGCCGAAAUAAUGGGUCUGAUCGCACAGGCAUGCGAUCAGGCGAUGCUUAAAGUGAAGUCCUGCCCCAAAAGACCCACCUGGUGGUGGACCGACGAGAUCGCGGAGUUGAGGCGAAAGUCGGUCCACCUCAGGCGGGUCUAUAGGAGAGCCCGCAAUAAUGGAAAAACACCCGAGGAGACCAAGGCCGCCCGUAUAGAGUUCUGUCUGGCUGCACGCGCAUUGCGCAAAGCCAUUAGGGCGGCCAAGGGUCAAGGGUGA